AUGGAAAUAAACUCUGUUCAUGUUAAGAGGUACCAAGCGGGUCUCAUGCACGGUACAGACACAGAAGUCCCGGCUGUUACCGACGAAGAACAGCGACUCUUAUCAGCCCCGAUCAAGGCAACAACUAAGCGUAACUUGUUCGACGUCUUUCUUCUCAAUACCACCUUUGCCGACACUAUAACCCGAAUCAACUUGGAUCUUGCGAACCUAUUGUGGCGCUGGGAAACACUAGUAAGCAUCACCAUAACAGCAGUGCAGUAUGGUCUAGGUAGCAUAAAGUGGCCUGCUAAUUUCUAUGACCAGUCAAGGCAUGAUUUCGUAGACCCCGAAGAAACCGACGACGUUCGUGCAACUUUGGAAGAGUUGGGCAAUCAACCAAAUUCCAGCAACUAUUACGAUAAAUAUGCCGAUUGGACCGCCGUCAAUAAAUUAUGCGACCCCGAGAAGCCCUUGCCUCCAGCAAUGGUUGGCUGGUCCAUAAACUUUCAUAAACAGGUUCAUGAACCAGUCGAGCUGGCUCUCUCAUCGGCAGCUCCCUCGCCGGCAGGUGAUGGGAACAACGAAAAUAAUGAGGACAGUGCAGACGAAGAAGUAAAUCAGGACAGCGAGGAUAUCAUGAGUAAUGAAGUCAAUCAGGACAGCGAGGAUACCAUGGACACUGAAUAUGACGACAGCAGGGGUAGCGAAGACAUGGAUAAUGAGAAUAGCGACGACAUUGACUAG